AUGUUCAGUAAAAAACAUUUUGUUUUUACUGAUAUCCCUGAUCUUUCUGGCAAAGUUGCAAUAGUAACUGGUGGAAAUAAUGGUAUAGGUUUCAUAACUUCUAGAGAAUUGACCCGAAAAAAUGCUCAUGUAUUUGUCGCAAGUCGUAGUAAAGAAAGAGUUAAUAAUGCUGGUAUAAUAACAACCACAUUUGAACAAACUCAAGAUGGCAUUCAAGACCAUUUUGGUGUUAAUCAUAUUGGCCAUUUUCUUUUUACACUCUUAUUAUUGCCAACCAUCAAGGCUUCGGCUCCAUCACGUAUUGUCAAUGUUAGCAGCUAUGGUCAUAAUAUUGUUCCAUCAGAUGGAAUAGAAUUUGACAAAUUGAACGAUCCAAAUGCCCACACUACUUUAGAAAGAUAUGGCCAAUCGAAACUUGCAAAUAUUUUAUUUACCCUUGAACUUAAUAAAAAACUUUCAGGAACAAAAGUUUAUUAUCUAACCCAUAAACUGGUUAAUAAUUGGAGUUCUUGGAUAAAACCAAUUUUUUUUGUGUCAAAAUUAUUUUUGUUAACACCUGAUGAUGGCGCGUUAACUCAACUUUAUUGUGCUACAAGUCCUGAAAUUGAAGAAAAUAAUUAUCGUGGAAAAUAUUUUAUACCUUUUGGUGAAUUAGGUGAAACUUCUGAUCAUGCCAAGAAUGAAGAAUUGGCUAAAAAAUUGUGGCAUUUUUCGGAAACCUUUGUUAAAGAAAAAUUAGGUUAUGACGUUUUUAAUAAAUGUUAUGCAUAG